UGGCAGCACGACACUCUUUCUUGCAAUACCCAGCGGUGCUUGGAUCGCGACAUCACACUCGUGCUCGGUACAUGGAACUAGUCGUGCUACCUAGGUGGGCUGAGGUAGCCGAUUUUUAAAAGCUUGCCUUAUCCGGAUGCAAGCAACCGGCAUGUCUUUUCUUGGCCAAUCACACCAACGCCGUAAUGAGCAGCGCGCCGUCAACGUACUACACGUUCGCCUCGUUCCUCGGGCCCGAUGUCGCCGCCACGUACCUUGCGCUACCACCGCUGGACCAGAUCGCCCACUUUGAAGCGUACCUCGCGUACCUGACAGCGCAGCAGGUGCAAUUUCCUACCUCGAAGCGUGCCACCAAGUGCCAUGCCGAGCUGCGCGCGCCGUCACGCGACGACCUGCCGCUGCUGCAGACGCUGCUGGAUGGCGCGACCAUCAGCGGCUUUGGCGUUUGCGGCUCUCCGGGUGGCUUUCUGGCGCAGCAACCACUGAGCUUGGGCGCUGCCUACUUGGCGACCGAGGUCCGGCACGCCUAUGUGGUGGAGAACCCGAAGGUUCUCAAUAGCCGCAGCUUCAUGUUUGGGUGGUGCCACGCCGAGAAGCAGAAGCUCGUCGACCUCCACGAGAAGCUCAAAGAUGCAGCCGAUCCACGCGUCUACUGGCGGCACGUUUCGAUCGUUGUCGACCGCGCCAUGUGUGCCGACUGCAUCGGCUUUGUCUCGGCGUAUGCAAAGCACUUUAAUGUCGACGUAUACGUCAAGGACCCUGCGUGCGAGCGCCAGUUCCAAGCCUCGGGCAUCAUUCGUGAUGCGUAUACCUAACCAGAACCAGUUCUAGAAUCUCGCUCAUCUUGUCACCUCGGGCCCAACUUCGUCAAACGAUGCAAUCCAACAUCAUCG